AUGAAUAGUGCUUGUGAUAAUGUCGACAAUAAGGCAGUGAUUCUUUUCCUGGUCUUCGAGGUCGAGCGCAACAUAUACGACCAGCGUAAACUUGAGGUCCUCAUCUCGAAGACGCGCCCCGAGGUCAAGGUCAUUCGAAGGGACAACUUAGAAGUAGCCGUGGUGUACCAGCGUUCCUGCUACAAACCUCAAGAUUUUUCCGGUGGAGCCUCACUCUGGAAAUCACAGGCCAUCAUGUGUCCAAGUGCUGGCUAUCAUUUGGCUGGUACUAAAAAAGUUCAACAGGUUCUUUCGAAGCCGGGAAUGUUGGAAAGGUUCGUGAAGGACACCAAGAUGAGGGAAAGAAUAAGAAGCACCUUUGCAAGUCAAUACGAACUGGACAGGAAUCCAGCAGGAGACAAAGCCCUGCAAAUGGCCAUUGAGAACCCGAACAGUUUCGUUGUCAAGCCACAGAGAGAAGGAGGAGGCAACAACACAUACGGCCAGGAUAUAGUUGACCUUUUGACCUCCAUCAAGGACUCAGACGAGCGUCUGUCCUUCAUCUUGAUGGAGCGAAUCAGCCCCAUGGAUGUGCUGAAGCAGCAGAAAGUUAAGCUGACGGAGAUGGUGUCUGAGUUGGGUGUCUACGGAGUACUCGUUGGAUCAAAGUCCAAGAUAAUAAUGAACGAACAGUGCGGGUACUUGCUGAGAACGAAAAAUGCCGACACCAAUGAGGGUGGGGUUGCCACGGGCUAUUCUGUACUAGACUCCCCGUAUCUACUUGACUGA